UACUCAUGAGCAGGUUUUGCGAACCAGGGUGUGUGUGUGUGUGAGAGAGAGAAAGAGCGUAUGUGUGAGAAAGGUUGAAAGAGAGGUGAUUACGACAUAGGCUACAUCUUCAACCAACGGGAGCUGGCAUUCCAAUGCAGGAGAGACAAAGAGGGGGAAAACGGGCGGAGGUGGGUGGAGGGAGUAAAGCGCCGAAGAAUGAUGUGAGGCAGAGCUCAUUCAGUGGGAUCGUUGAGCUGCGGAGCUCCACGGAUUUUACUCACAGAAAAUCCCUCCGUUUGGUCUGUGAAGCGCGCCUGUCCCGGACCGCCGUGCGCUCUGCAGCUCGCUGUGGCUGACCCCUUUGAAGCGGAUGCUGCAAGACCCUGCAAGGGGACAAGACCAAAAACUUUUUUCACCCUGGUUUUCAACAAAGUGCCAACAGUAUGCCGAAACAAGUUGAGGUGAGGAUGCACGAGAGCCACCUGGAGCCCAUUGAGGCCAGGCCUCAGUCCAAAUGUGCCAAAAUCUGCUCCAAGAUGUUCAAGAACCUUCUGCUCACACUCACAGUCCUCGGAGUGAUCUUGGGAGCUGUAGCAGGGAUGUUGCUUCGUGUUGCCUCUCCAAUCCACCCAGACAUUGUCAUGGUGAUUGCUUUUCCUGGAGAUAUCCUGAUGAGGAUGCUGAAGAUGUUGAUCCUGCCACUCAUCAUUUCCAGUUUAAUCACAGGUCUGGCCGGUUUGGAUGCCAAAUCCAGUGGUCGCCUGGGCACCAGAGCUAUGGUCUACUACAUGACCACCACUGUUAUUGCUGCUAUCCUGGGAGUAAUCCUGGUGUUAGUCAUCCACCCUGGCAACCCCAAACUGAAAGAGAAUCUGGGUGAAGGAGAGAAAAAUGAUGAUGUGUCCAGCUUGGAUGCUUUCUUUGAUCUAAUCAGGAACCUGUUCCCAGAGAACCUGGUGCAGGCUUGUUUCCAACAGAUCCAGACGGUCACAAAGAAAGUUGAGGUCGUGGUUGAAGAGGAUGUCAAUGCCACCACUGUGGAGGGCCUAGUGGCUAACAUUACCAAGGAGCCUCAGUAUAUCAUCAAAAAGUCCCUGCAGUUCAAAAGUGGCAUGAAUGUACUGGGUCUGAUUGGUUUCUUUAUUGCAUUUGGCAUCUGCAUGGGCAAGAUGGGAGAGAAGGCCAGACUCAUGAUUGAAUUCUUCAACAUCCUCAAUGAGAUUGUGAUGAAACUUGUCAUCAUGAUCAUGUGGUACUCUCCCUUUGGUAUUGCCUGUCUCAUCUGUGGUAAGAUCAUCUCCAUCAAGGACCUGGAGGUGGUGGGCAGGCAGCUGGGCAUGUAUAUGGUGACUGUGAUUAUUGGCCUCAUCAUUCACGGAGCGAUCUUCUUGCCCAGCAUUUACUUUGUUAUUGUCAGGAAAAACCCUUUCACCUUCUUCCUGGGCAUCUUCCAAGCCUGGAUCACUGCCCUGGGGACAGCCUCCAGUGCUGGUACACUUCCAGUCACCUUUCGUUGUCUGGAGGAGAACUUGGGUAUUGACAAAAGAGUCACUCGUUUUGUGCUCCCAGUCGGUGCCACCAUUAACAUGGAUGGAACUGCUCUGUAUGAAGCAGUGGCAGCCAUCUUCAUUGCCCAAAUGAACGGCAUCCAGCUUGACCCUGGUCAGAUUGUCACUGUCAGUCUGACAGCCACCCUGGCCAGUGUUGGAGCAGCCAGUAUCCCCAGUGCCGGCCUGGUGACUAUGCUCUUGAUCUUGACUGCUGUAGGCUUGCCGACCCAAGAUAUCAGUCUGCUGGUUGCUGUAGACUGGCUGCUGGAUCGAUUCAGGACCUCGGUGAACGUGGUGGGUGAUUCCUACGGUGCAGGCAUCGUGUACCACAUGUCCAAGGCAGAACUCGAAGAGCUGGACGCGCACACGGCUAAAUCAGAUGACAUUGAAAUGAUGACGAAGACCCAGUCUUAUUACGAUGACAUGAAGAACCACCACGAAAACAAUUCCAACCAGUGCGUCUUAACCGCUACCGCUACCACAACUGCUAGCGCUACUGCUAACAAUUCUGUCGUAGUAGAUGAAUGCAAGGUAACCUCAGCCACUAACGGCUCUGCUGCGGAGUGCACGCUUGUUGAGGAGGAACCAUGGAAACAUGAAUAAUGGCAGCACAGAGAUCCCCUGCUCCUGGGCUCCACAAGCUUUCCUAUCUGGCGAUAAGAAAGAGCGAAUGAAAAAAAAAGUCACAAGAACAGAACUACUAAUUGUUUUUUUUAAAUGUAGUUUAGUUUUCUUUUUUUUAUUAGUCCCUUUAAAAGUUUUUGUAACUGUCUAUCUGACUGAUAAAUAAUACUAAUUCACUUAACCGUGAAAUGAUAACAGAGGUAUACCUUUAUCUGUUAGAGCACAAUUAUGUCCUAUAUAGCACAUACUUGCACAGCAUACUUCAAGGCUUGGGGAGGGAAGGAAGAGAAAAAAAAAGUUAGAUAAGCUAUUCCUAGCAAUACAUCUCAGUUCUACAC